AUGAAGAUUAGCAGCUUUCUCUCCUCGACCGGAGCUUUUGCGCAAGAAGCGACCACGGCUUUUCCCUUUUUUGGAACAACGCAGAUGGACCUCUCGAUUCUCUGGGGCACUGAUCAGCCCAGUGUUGCCAAUCUCAAAUCUUCAAACGAUGCGUUUAACUUGAAGCAGCCGAUUCAGCCUUUCGGGAGCUUGAAUUUGCCGAGCAAAAUCGAGCAGCAGCAGCAGGCAACGACGAUGUUUUUCGAAUUCGAUGCUUGGGCGAAUCCGACGGUUCCAUCUUUUCAGGAAGAAAUUCAGCGAAAUCCUGCACAGAAAGUGACGAGUUUUGACUUUGCAUUUGGAGAGCCCACAACUGCGCCAGAUAUUAACAUCUUCUUGAAGAAUUCACAAGAGCUCGCCGUCGACAAUUAUUCAUUGGGCACAACUGCGAUGGAUUUCCUUCUAAACGGCUUCUACACGACUGCGGCGAUGCCACUCUUCGAAACCACAGAAGCGAAUGCUCUCCCUGUCUUCACAACUGAUCAAUCGGAAAUCAUGGAAAUCAACACAACACCAGCUACAGUAGCAAAAGACGAAGUGGACGAAACUCUCGACCUUGGCGCCUUCGAAGGAAUGUACGGGAAGAAAGGCAGCGAGGAAGAGUUUGAGAAUUUGGAGAGUCAGAAACUCGACACUUUUCAAAAUCAAAUCGACGCGCUCGGAGUUACAGUCAUUCCCUUUGGCGGGCGCGAUGAUCAACCUCCACGUUCAAAGGAAGAAACGUAA